GCUCUCUCUCUCUCUCUCUCUCUCUCUCUCUCACUCUCUCUCUCUCUCUCUCUCUCUCUCUCCUAAUCAUAGCCUGUAGGCUAGGCCGCUAGGCUACAUAAAACUAGCUCAGAACACAACAGAGACAGGUCACCGUGGAUGUGAUGCGGGAGUUCGAGGUGGAAGGUGGCCGGUAAAAAAACGUUUAAAGAGCUUUGUGCGGACACAAAGAGAGCCAGAGAGAGAGAGAGAGAGUUCAAAAGUUUGAACGUGACCCCGUGAGCUGCCAAUCAUGAAGAGGAACAAGCAGAUCGACAUCAAGCGCGCCCUUGCUCUUGCAGGGACCUUCAACUUCCUGUGCUGCUGCGCUCGCGCCUGCCUGCUCCCCUUCCUCACGCUGUACUUCAGACAGCUGGGUCUGACCCCCGCCAUGACGGGCAUCGUCAUGGGCACCAAGCACCUCAUAUCGCUGGUCUGGAGCCCCGCGGCAAGCCAGCUCUCCAAACGCUACGACAAGAGGCGAGCGGUGAUAAGCGGCUCCCUUGUGUGUUCGGCGGCAGUCGCCGUGGUUCUGCUGCUCGUCUCGCCCGCAGAUGUGCACCCACAGACCGCCAGCUGUAACGCGUCCGAUCUGAGUCUGGGCGCCGACCUGCUCGGGAGCAGCGCUGCACCGCCGACGAAAUCGGCUAGAACUCGCGCUGAAAACGUCAACGCUCCCGUUUCCACGUCUGGUGUCACUCUUCCUGCAACGACUCCCAUUGACGCUAAAUCUGCUCCCGUUCCGACGAGCCAAACGGCGCUUAAUCGGCAUUAUGACGAUGAUACAUCCAGUCCUCGGCUGUCGCUAAAGAACGCAUCAGCGGUGGCUAACGACGGCGCUGGAGAGCCAAACGUUGCGCCCCAUACCGUCGGCUCUUCCGCAGCUGCAGUGAGGAAUAAAAGGUCCGGCUUUAGUUUCUUCUCAGGGUCAGAAGAAAAGCUCGGCGACGAGACGACCCAGGAUGAGGACAAAGAAAGCCGUUUGGGUUUUCUGGGCGGGCUAAAAGUGCUGGACCCUCAACACCAGCUCUUCUUUGUGACCCUCCUCAUCGUGUCGGUGUGGGAGUUUGCGUCAGCGCCUCUGGAGUGGACGGCAGACGACGGCCUGUACGAGUAUCUGGACUUUGCGUAUGCCUCGGACCGCUACGGCAGCACCCGGGUGUGGGGUUUACUCGGAGCGGCGUGCGGGGUCGGAGGAGCGGGCGUGCUGGUGAGCCAGUUGCGCUGUCUCGUGGCUUAUCGGACGCCCAGGAGCGCCGUGCACUUCCUCUGCUACGCUGCCCUGACGGCCCUGGCUCUGCCCGCAGCCGCCUGCCUCCCUCUCUACCUGAACAAGAAGCGCGACCGGGCCAACGGGCUUUUUAAAGCCGCGAUGCUGGUGCGCGGCUCCCCCCGCGCCGCGCUCUGCGCCGUCACCGCGCUGCUGGUCGGCGCCGCGGCCUCGACCGUGGACAACUUCCUGCUGUGGCAGAUGCAGGACCACGGGAGCGGUGAGCUGCACAUGGGGCCGUCUCUAGCCCUCGCCGUGCUCUCGGAGGCCGCCUUCCCGCUGCUCGCCGGCCGAGUUUCAAAGCGCCUCAGCCCGGAGAGGGUGCUCGUUGUCGGGGCCGCGAGUCUCGGGUUGCAGUGCUUCUAUUACUCCUUCCUGUGGGCGCCGUGGGCCGCGCUGCCCGCCCAGGUGUUGAGCUGUUUCAGCGGCGGCGCCCUCUGGUGGGCCGUGAAGGUCCAGUGUGCGGAAGUCGCCACGCCGGGGGCCGAGAGGAGCGUGAGCAAGCUCUACAGCGCGCUUUCUCUCCACCUGGGGAGCGGGCUCGGGAGCUUCGCCGGAGGCUUCGUGGUCCAGCGGUUUGGGCUGACCUGGCUGUUCAGAGGAGCGGCAGUGUGCGUGAUGGCGUGGUGCGUGUGUCUGCCGCUGCUCCAGUGGAAAGCCCCUCGCCAGCGGCGGAUUAACUAUUGUCGUCUGCUGGCGGCUGGCACAAGCGAAGCCAGCGACUCAGAGUCUGAGCAGGAGAGAGACUGGCUUGAAAAAGCAAUGGAGGACAGCAGAAGCAAUAACUAUGGACGGGGGACAAACCACUGAAACCAUGUGGGAGAGUACAAAAAGACGCUUUAAAGAGUGCAGUAGAUAAAAGGAAUUUAUCUUCACAAAACCAAAUCAUUUCUAUCAGUAUGAAAAUAAUAAUAUUUUUCCCCACCAGGUCAGUUACAGACUUAUCUCUCUUUAUCGUCAGGUAGCGCAGCUCAAAGCCGGAUCAUUUAUUUCCUACUUUGACAGGUUUAAUUCAAAUCACAGUGUUGACUAGUGCUGCAAAAAAUUAUUAUUUUCAUUGUUGAUUAAUCGAUUAGUUGUUCGGUCUAUAAAAUUUCAGAAAAUCUGGAUCAGUGUUUCCCAAAAAGCCCAAGAUG